CCUGCAGAUCACGUGACCCGGGGUAGCGGCGCCUGCGCACUGGCCGCCCGGUGUGUGAGGGGGAGACGGGCCGGAGCCGCCAUGUUGAUCACCGUGUACUGCGUCCGCCGGGACCUGAGCGAGGUCACCUUCUCCCUGGAGGUGGACCCGGACUUCGAACUGGAGAACUUCCGGGCCCUGUGCGAGCUGGAGAGCGGGGUACCGGCCGACCAGGCCCUGAUCCUGUAUGCGGAGAGACCUCUGACGGACAAUCAGCGAUCGCUCUCGUCGUACGGAUUGAAGGACGGCGACGUGGUGAUACUGAGGCAGAAGGAUCCAUCGGAGGCGCGGCCAGCGGCACCAUUACCAGGAUUGCCCAGGAUAGAUUUCAGCAGCAUCGCUGUCCCGGGGACCUCCAGACAGGCGCCUGCCCCCCAGCCUCCGCCCCAGCCUCCGGCUCCGGACUCCACCACCUUUCCUCAGGGGCUGGAUAACCCGGCUCUGCUGCGGGAAAUGCUGCUGGCCAAUCCCCACGAGCUAUCGCUGCUGAAAGAACGGAACCCGCCGCUGGCGGAGGCGCUGCGGAGCGGGGAUUUGGACAGAUUCACAAGUGUCCUCCAGGAACAGCAGCAAGAGCGAGCGCGGCGGGAGCAGGAGCGGAUACGACUCUUCUCCGCUGAUCCCUUCGAUCUGGAAGCCCAAGCCAAAAUAGAGGAAGACAUAAGGCAGCAGAACAUAGAAGAGAACAUGACGAUCGCCAUGGAAGAGGCUCCGGAGAGCUUUGGCCAAGUGGUGAUGCUUUAUAUCAACUGCAAGGUGAACGGAUACCCUGUCAAGGCGUUUGUUGAUUCAGGUGCCCAGAUGACAAUCAUGAGUCAGGCCUGUGCCGAGCGCUGUCACAUCAUGAGACUGGUGGACAGAAGGUGGGCCGGGAUCGCUAAGGGAGUGGGCACGCAGAAGAUUAUCGGCAGAGUCCACCUGGCUCAGGUACAGAUCGAAGGCGACUUCCUGCCCUGUUCCUUCUCCAUCUUGGAGGAGCAGCCGAUGGAUAUGCUGCUCGGCCUGGACAUGUUGAAGAGACACCAGUGCUCCAUCGACCUGGAGAAGAAUGUGCUGGUGAUCGGCACUACCGGCACCCGUACCACCUUCCUGCCCGAGGCCGAGCUCCCCGAGUGUGCCAGAUUAGCCUACGGACCUGGCAGGGAGGACAUGCAGCCAGAGGAGAUGGCAGACCGCGAGUUGGCUGAAGCGAUGCAGAAGUCCGCCGAGGAAGCAGAGCAGCGGAAACCAUGAUGCAUGCACGUGUGAUCCGCCGCAGGAGGGGGGCCAAACGCAGACAAGGAAACUACCUCAGUGGAUCGUCCAUCGCUGGUGCCACCGACUGAUGGGCUUCGCCACCCUGUCCAUGCCCCAGGCGACACGUCAGCUCCUCCCGCUCAAUCAGUAUCCACCCAAACCAGCGUCUGCCCGCCCCCGUCCGCGGAGAGCAGCGAGUCAGCCAUAGAUGCCAGCGCAGUGGAUGCUGCUUGCGCUUCUCAGACAGACCACCCGCCUCAGCCCUUGGGACUUUCUGACUCUGCAGAGUCUUCAUCUUCUCAGUUAUCCAGUGUAGACCAGGCCACGGGGCCCACGGUGGCCCUCAAGGACGCACUAGCUGACUUUGUGCAAGCCCAGCACC